UAGACGCAAAGCAUUGUAGGUAAAGAUUCCGUUCGCGCUAGCCUGUAGCAAUGGCGACGUCGUUAGGCUCCAACACUUACAACAGGCAAAACUGGGAGGAUUCGGAUUUUCCCAUCCUCUGUCAAACAUGCUUGGGAGAAAACCCUUAUAUCCGCAUGACCAAAGAGAAAUUUGGCAAGGAGUGCAAGAUCUGUGCGCGUCCCUUCACGGUGUUCCGCUGGUGUCCCGGAGUCAGGAUGCGCUUUAAGAAGACAGAAGUGUGUCAGACCUGCAGUAAAAUGAAGAACGUCUGUCAGACCUGCCUCCUGGAUCUGGAAUAUGGCUUGCCGAUUCAGGUUCGUGACACUGGGCUGUCCGUUAAAGAUGAAGUACCGAGAUCGGACGUGAAUAAGGAGUAUUACACUCAGAAUAUGGAGAGAGAGAUCGCUAACUCUGAUGGCACGAGACCUGUGGGGCUGCUUGGGAAGGCGCCGAGCAGCAGCGAUAUGCUGCUGAAACUGGCUCGUACCACGCCAUAUUACAAGAGGAACAGACCUCACAUCUGUUCCUUUUGGGUGAAAGGGGAGUGUAAGAGAGGAGAAGAGUGUCCGUACAGGCACGAAAAGCCCACCGAUCCAGAUGACCCACUGGCUGAUCAGAACAUUAAGGACCGUUACUAUGGCAUUAAUGAUCCUGUGGCUGAUAAACUCUUGAAGCGGGCCUCCACUAUGCCCAGACUGGACGUACCUGAGGACAAGUCCAUCACCACACUCUAUAUUGGGGGACUGGGAGAAAACGUUACAGAUUCUGAGCUCAGGAAUCACUUCUACCAGUUUGGGGAGAUUCGUACCAUCACCAUUGUUCAGAGGCAGCAGUGUGCUUUCAUCCAGUUCGCCACACGGCAGGCCGCAGAGACGGCUGCAGAGAAGUCCUUUAAUAAACUCAUCAUUAAUGGACGCCGGCUCAAUGUUAAAUGGGGCAGGUCACAGGCGGCGCGAGGGAAAGAGAAGGAUGGCGUGACGGAGAGUGGAAUCCGUCUGGAACCAGUGCCGGGGCUCCCUGGUGCUCUGCCUCCACCCCCUGUGUCUGAUGAAGAUGCCUCCACCAAUUACUUCAACCUGCCUCCAACCAGCUCCCCUGCUGUCAUGAACCUGGGACUUCCUCCUCCACCUGGGGUUGCCAUGCCCCCACCACCUGGGUUUGGUCCUCCUAUGUUCCACACCAUGGAUCCCAUGGCCCCUUCAAUGCCUCCGCCAAUGGGCAUGCGGCCACCUGGACAGGUCCACUACCCAUCCCAGGAUCCUCAGCGGAUGGGCGCUCAUGCAAGUCGUCAUGGAGGCCCCUAGAUAGUCAUAUGGCUUACCUCACUGUCCAGUGAGGUCCACUGAACAACUAAACCCAGAGUGAUGUCAUCUCUGCUCUCAUUUUUUGGAAUGUUUGUGUCACUCAUUUUCAGAGCAAGUGAGUAAGAUGGAAUGCAAAUGCAUACUGAAAACAUUCGAAUUUAAACCUUGAGAGAAAAACAUUUCUUUUUAAGCUUUUAUUUUAUAAUGACCCGUGAUGAAACAGAUGGGCCUUUUCUAGGGCCAAAUGGCAAAGAAUUGGUUGCAGUGACCAACAAUUACCAAAUGGGGGCACUAUUGACUAUUUAAAAUGCCUGACAUCUCCAUUUUUGUUUUUAACACUGUAUUGUCCUACACCUCUAGAAUAUUCCAUUGUUCAUAUUACAGUUCCCACUAGUGUCCAUUUCUUGUCCUCUAAAUAUAAAGAACGAAGUGUAUCAUCCCGUAUUGUUUUUAAGACUUGUUUUUAAUGUACAGCUUUCUGUGCUUACAUUAAAGAUGCUUCACAUUUUGAAAUACUGUGUGAAUGUUUACGUAAACCGUAUCAUAGCAUGUUAGCAGGUAAUGUAUGUAAAUGUUAAAUUGGUAUUUGAUGGCUCAGCUCACAAUUCACAGUGGUGUCUUAGUCCUCACUUAUAUUUUGCCAAAAUUCACCAGCUUCACAAAUCCGGAGACUCUAUAACGUACUGGGUUCUCCAUCCUUGUGGCAUACGGUUGAAAUUGGGCCGGUGGCACAUCCUGUCCCAGGUUAGGCGUGGCUCUGUGUGAGCCUGCAGCAUCUCAAACCCAGGUAGGGGCAGAGUCCUCGCCGUACCUGCUGUCCCACCAAAUGGUGUUGGAGCUCUGUAAAGAACAAUGAUUAAAAAUAAUCCGAUUUUACCUAUUAGACGAGAGACGAGUGGACAUGCUAAGAAGCCAUUAAGUGUGCAGUCUUGUUCUUUUGCCUUUUUGUCCUGUUUUGACUUUAGCUUUAAAUAAAAGGUUUUUUUAUGUU